UCACUUGUCUGUCUUGGCCGUCUUAGCACUCGAGAAGCCCUCCAGCAGCUGCAUCUCGUCAAACCCCCUCCACUGCGUCAAUGCGACCUCCUCGCCGCAGAAGAGGUGACUCUUCGGGCGGAAUCCCUCGAUUUUGGCGUCGUCAGGGUCGUCAAACAGGCCGGGGAACACACCCAAGUACCGCACCUGCCGGCCGUCUUCUUCCUUGACCAGCACGUUCCACACGCGGCUGCCGCAUUGGCUGCAAAAGCAUCGCUCGAAGGCCACCACGCCGGGAAAGAACGAUUGACAUCUCGCAAAGCCCUUGACGGUCUCCUUGCUGAGGAUCUCGAUUGACGAGGCUGGCAUGUACCCCGCCCAUUGGACGCCGGAGGCCAUGGCUUUGCGGCAGUUGGUGCAGUGGCACAGUUUGGGUGGCGAUGUGGGCAGGGAGUGGACGAUGUACUUUACCGCGCCGCAGUAGCAGCUGGCAGGGAUGCUCAGCUCGGCUGAUGUCGACAGUGUCAUGGUGCUGAUUGAAAGAUGAAGAGCGAACAAAGGUCAACGGGCGAAAUCAAGCCUUUGAAUUCC